GCGCACGAGGACAGUAAACGUUCUUCUCAACCCACUGCGCUAGACCAGCGAUUUACAAAACAUGUGUGCUGGCCACAUUUAUUGUUUUACAUACUGAUUUGGAUCCGCAUAGUUAUGUGUAUCUACGUGCACAGCCUGGGUAGGGCUGAAUAAUCAACAGCAGUAUUGACUCAUGUAAACAAAACAACUAGUUAAAUGAACGUUUAACAAGCGGCUUUCGUGCUCUCUUCGCCAUGGCCCAGCCUGCUGAAAAAGCGUACUAUCGCUUCGUGGUUUUGUUUUUCAACUGUCUGCUCACGUUUGGGUCGUACUUUUGCUUCGACAUCCCCAGUGUACUGCAGGACCAGUUCCAAGGGAACUUGACAUGUAGUAAUACCACAGUGAUCAAUGGCACAGUGGACUGUGUGGAAGGACUGGGGAUGACCCCUCAGGAGUACAACCUGCUGUAUGCUAUCUAUGCAUGGACGAAUGCAGUGGUGGUGAUAAUGGCAGGGUUCCUGAUUGACAAGCUGGGAAACCGCUUCGGGGUCUUUCUUUUCUCCUUCCUAUGUGUGCUGGGCGCCGCCAUCUUUGCUCUGGGCUCUCACUUCAAAGGGACAGAAUACCUGCUGCCCCUCAUGCUCACUGGACGACUGCUGUUCGGCUCAGGGAACGGAUCCCUCACCAUUGUCCAGAACCGCAUCACAGCCUUCUGGUUCCGGGGGAAGGAGUUGGCCCUGGCCUUCGGUCUGACGCUGGCCUUCUCACGCCUGGGGUCUGUUCUCAACUUCUUCCUGACCCAGAAGUUUGAAGCGCAAUACGGCAUGCAGUGGACCUUAUGGGGAGGUGCUUUCUUGUGUGUCCUGGGUUUCCUUUCGGCCAUCACAGUCAGCAUCCUGGACAAGGUAGGCAUGAAGCAGUUGGGACUGGACGGGGCCAUCCAGGAAGAGUCACGCAAAGUGAGGGUGCAGGAUGUGAAGCUCCUGUCUCUGCGGUACUGGCUGCUGGUUCUCACCAUCAUGUUCUUUUACAAUGGCAUCUUCCCCUUCAUUGCUGAUGCCAGUAAGUUCAUUCAAGAUAAAUACAGUGGCUACAGUCAGAAGGAGGCUGCCUACAUCGCUGGUGCUGUUUAUGACAGCUCCCUAAUCCUGUCAGCCAGCGUGGGCAUUCUCAUCGACUGCGUGGGCUUGCGUGGGGUCUUUGCUUUGUUGUGUGCUGUCCUCACACUGCCUGUGUUCGGUCUCCUGGCCUUCACCUUCGUCCCCCCCCUCGUCUCCACCAUCUGGCUCGGAGUCACCUACUCCUUCGCUGCUGCAAGUAUGUGGCCCUCUAUUCCCCUGGUGGUCCCUCAGGCAACUCUGGGGACAGCUAUGGGGCUUGCCACUUCAGUACAGAUGAUUGGUAUUGGUGUGUCUAAUCUUGUAGUCGGGCAGAUUUUGGGCACCAAGUCUAGCGAUGCUAAGAUUCCUUUGUGGCGUUGGCAGAGGAUGAUGAUCUUCAUGCUGGCUAACACCAUUGCCUGCAUCGUCACCUCUGUGCUUCUCAACAUCGUGGACCACCGCCAGGGUGGAACUCUGAAUAAGACCACCAAGAGAUCUGGGGCCCCACCGCCACUCACCAGUGGACCCAGCGACCAAGAACCACUGGUACAGGGAGAAGAAGGCCCCGACGAGAGAGAGGAAGAGUCGGCUCGAUCUCCCUCUGUCAACAGCUCCUAAUGUUUUUGGUAGUUGUCAGGAUUCCGUCUCAGAUGUUGUAAAUGUUCUGAAUUAUUGUAUCUGACGGAUAUAUUAUUCCCAUCUAUGUGCCAGUAUACCUUACCCUGUGUUUUAGUUGUUUUUCAAUUUGCUUUCUCAUGGCAUGCUAGUUUCAGAUGGCUCCAAACAGGAAUUACAUAACAGGAAUUACAUAAGAAACACACACCUUAGAAAUGUCAUCCUCGCCUCACUGUUGUGCCUCUGAGAAGAUGAAUUAUGUUUUCUUAA